GGGACAGACAAGGAACUGACUCUGGCCACUGGGAGGCAGAAGGUGCCCUGAAACUCACAGCGAUGCUGUCUCAGAGUCAGCAAGCCGUCAAGGACGAUAGCUGGAAGUUGAGUUGAAACCCAAGUUGACAUGUUUUAAUUCCGUUCUAGGCACCUCUGGGUACAGAUAUUCAAGGACAUCUGUUGAAUUGGCAUUGUGCCUACAGUUACAGUGCUACAGGAGUUGUUCUGAUUGCGCUGUUGCUAAAGAAGACUUUGGAUAGCUUGGAGUCCAAAGCACAACAAUGAAAGCAAGUCUCCAGUAAACAAUGAAAGUUCUGUUGCUGAAAGAUCCUAAAGAAAAUGAAAAUGGACCGGAUCCAUACAUAGAAGAACUGGGUUUAUAUGGACUUGAAGCAACUUUGAUCCCAGUUUUAGCAUUUGAAUUUAUUUCUCUUCAAGCUCUUUUUGAAAAACUUUCUCAUCCUGAACAAUAUCAUGGACUAAUCUUUACCAGUCCGAGAGCCAUAGAAGCAAUCAGGUUAUGUCUGGGAGAUAAUUGUAAAAAAGAAGCUUGGAAAAAUUCUCUGGCAGAAGAAUGGAAUACCAAACCAGUUUAUGUAGUAGGAAAAGCUACUGCUGAGCUAGUAGGUCAAAUAGGCCUUGUGCCACAAGGAGAAAACUGUGGAAACGCUGAAAAACUAGCAGGAUACAUUUGUUCCCGAGAGUCAUCCAGUUCUUUGCCUCUGCUUUUUCCUUGUGGAGCUCUCAAGAGGGAAACUCUUCCAACAAUACUUAGGGGAAAAGGUAUUGCACUGGAAGGCCUUACCGUUUAUCAAACUAGUCAACAUGCUAAUCUUCAUGAAUCCUUAAGGAAUUACUUCUCACAACAGGCCCACCUAAAUGAUACACGAUCCUGGCGGACCCGAGUGGCCUCAGACAGAGAGUUCCACCUACUAGCCUUCAGAAAAGGUGUUCCUGCAAGUGUUACUUUCUUCAGUCCAUCUGGUGUCAAAUACUGCCUGAAGCAGAUUCAGAAAUUAUCUGGUGAUCUCCUGCCCCACAUUAAGUUUGCAGCCAUAGGUCCAACAACAGCUGAAGCUAUGGCCGCUGAAGGAAUCACUGUGAACUGCACUGCUAUCAGCCCCACUCCACAAGAUCUCGCCGCUGGUAUUAAAAGCAGUCUCCACUUGUAGAAUUGCUGUUCACGUAAGCUGACUCAUUUGAAGUCCACGGCUUAGAUCUCAUCUAAAAUUUCUGCAGGUAUAGGGGAGAUUUUCAUCAAUUCUCCCCUAAGAUAUUCCUGUGGGUUGCCAUGUCACCAAAGCAGCAUUUCAGGGGAUGUUAUGGGCUGUCUUAGGCAGGGAGAAUGGGUAAAAAUCAUCCUGCAGCCCUUGUGUAUGUAGAAAUUCUCGGUGGGAUCGCAGCCCAAGGAAGCUUAGUAGGAAUAAGGUCUCUCUAACAUGUAAUGCAUGGUUUGUCAAUGGGGAAUGUAGUAUUCUUUUUAAGUGUAAGUUAUGUGCAGAUUUAGCUUUAUAUUAUAUAAAUAAUAGUGGUAAAUACAAAUUUCAAUUAUUAAUGUUAAAAUUGGACAUAGUGGCAAUUGUUCAGCACAGUUUGUACCUUGUUGUUUGUUACACCCUCAUAAAUGUGAAAGAGCUAGCAUAAAUGAGUAGGCUUUAGAUAUAAAAUGUUAGGUGCUCUAAUCUUUUCUUAUUAAACUUCAUAUUUAAUAUAAGUAACGUUUUAUAGUCCACAUGACAUUUUAUUUGCAUCUGGGAUUUGCAAAAUUUAAAAAAAGAUAGACUUUUUAAAAUAAUUAACUUAUGUAAUCUUUAUAUAGUCCAUACUUUGCUGUUUGGGGAAGAUUUUUGCAUUGUUUUCUGUAUAUUCAGCCUACCUCAUGCAUACAUUUUUACUAUUUUGGCAGUCUUUGCUAUUAUGGAAUAGUAGCAAGCUGCCACUUAUCACUUGACUGAAAGUGCCACUUUGGAUUUAUUCAUAUUUUCUAUGAUGAGAGAUCAACCAGCUCAGUAAACAAAAUAAAAUACCAUUACAAAAUAAAAGCGUGCUCUAGCUUUUAGUUUGUGUUUUUAAAACUUCUUGGGUUGAAGAACUCAUAUUAUGAAUA